AUGAAGCCAGAUUUCUUCAAAAAUCUACCACUAGAAAUCAUCGCCGAGAUCUUCUUAAGACUACCUGUUGUAAGCAUUCCAAUAAGCAAAUGCGUUUGCAAGCGAUGGCUCCAUCUGCUGGAGUCUGAUGCAUUUGUCAAGUCCCAUUUUGCCAGAUCCGCCCCCGCCCUAGUUUUUGUGGGGGAUUCAAAUCAGUUGAAAGUUUUGGAAUUGGAAGGCUACAAUCCACUCACCAAGUAUGAUUUCCCUUACCGCUUCAUUGGAAGAAUAAGGAAUUGCUUUAAUGGUUUUCUUGUUGUAAGAGUGGGUUUUAAUAAGCUUUGUGUAUGCAAUCCGAUCACUCGUGAAGUUCUUGAGCUGGAUCUGCCUACAGAUCCACAACAAUCUACUCUAGAAGUAUCUGCUUUGGGAUUUGGGGCAAGCGAGGUAGUCUGUAUUAAACGUAGGCCCUAUGAUGAUAAAUUGGACUGUCAUGUAUACACUCUUGGAACAGGAUCAUGGAGACGCCUUGAAGGUAUUCCGUUUAAUUACCAUUCUGGUUCAGGUGCAUUUGUUAAUGGAAAUCUCCAUUGGUUAGCAACCAUUGGAGAAGAUUCGUCGUGGAUUUCUUGCUUUGAUCUUGAAACGGAAUGUUUUAGCUUCUUUAAAGCUCCUCCUUAUCAUGCUCAAGAAUUGCCCUUCAUAAGAGGAACGACCAUUUCUGCUAUGAGCGGUUGCCUAUGGUUUUGCAAGGUAGCAUCCGAAUAUGAAAGUUAUGGUGGGCGAUGUGAGCUUACUGUAUGGAUUAUGAAGGAAUAUGGAGUGGACGAAUCUUGGAGCAUGGAAUAUGUGAUCCCCAUUGAUGAUGGCUCGACAUAUGUUGAUCCCAUCAAAGUUUUCGAAAAUGGGGACCUAUUGAUGUUAGUGACGGUGUACUUCUCCGAGCGCCUUUUCUACUACUCUAACAAGACUAAAACUAUGCAAAGUAUUGAUUUGUUUGGUGCAGGGGAGACCUCUGACCGUGUCAAGUGUGGGCUUUUCACUCCCACCUUUGUUUCACUCAAAACUUUAUAG